CUGCGUCUGUCUGUUCCACUCCCACUUCCGCGACACGGAACCCCUAGCAAGUGCACGGAGAGGCGAGCCAACCCAGCGAUGCCUCCCAAGCGCAAGUCCCCAGCGACGGCUGGCCCUGCGGCGGGGUCCCCGAGGAAGACGCGGAGCAUGACUGCUGCAGGGAAGCGAGGAACGGAGCCUGCUCAGGCGAGGGCAGUGCCAGCUAAGAAGGAAAGCGAGGCGGCGGUUGCCGAGCCGAAGGCUAGGAUGAGAGCCAAGAAAGACGAGGCGGUGACGGUGGCCACCGAGCCGAAGGGGAGGAAGACGGGCAAGAAGGAAGCCGAGGCGGCGGCGCCAGCGGCAGAGGAGGAUGGAGGUGAUGCGGUGGCAGGAGGGAAGCGUGUCAUCGUCGAGGCCUGCACUCAGUGCAGACAGUUUAAGAUCCGAGCUCAGAAGGUGAAGGAGGACCUGGAAAGUUCUGUUCCGGGGGCAUCUGUGAUAAUCAACCCUCAGAAGCCACGCCGUGGUUGCCUUGAGAUACGUGAAGAAGGUGGCGAAGUGUUCAUAUCACUGUUGAACAUGCCACGCCCAUUCGCACCAAUGAAGAAGCUCGACAUGGACAAGGUUAUCAAGGACAUCGCCAAGAAAAUCUCCUAAAUCAUGUUGGCUGGCUAUGGCCGGAUGACACCAUUUUAUUCUUGAAAUCUUCAAGCUAAGCUCGUAAUCUUCAAAGUGUACGUUAGGUCACCAUUAGUGGCAUUUCCUAUUGCAUUGGCCAUGUGCCCAUGUCUCAUGAAUUUAAAACCAGUGGCCCUGCUUUGUUCAAUGGAGUUAAGACAGGCCAAAUUAGUACCUGUGGCUUUCUAUAACCUAUAUAUGUGCUUGUGUUUCAUUGCUGGAGGUAUAUCAUUUUCUGGUA